AGUCACGCCUGAGUGUAGAGGCGAAAGACCGAGCGGUCCUUGAGUACGAGACUCCAUUUACAUAUUCACCCUUAGGCUUUAAAGGCGUGUGCAUCAGCAAACAUUAGCCUGACAUACCUCGGCACUUUGGCAGUGGACUACUCUUACGGCACAUUCAAUCUCUGCUCUCAAGCGUUUACUAAUAUCACUACUUCUCCACAGACAGGAUGAGGAAGGAAGAAAUAAAAAAGUCGACUGAAAUAGUGAUGCCAUCCAACAAGUACCCCUCCGCGGAAAGUGACAAGAUGACUGCCACGGCUGCCGUGAAUGGAGACACAUCUGUGGGCGAUGGAUUGUCAGAGAAUGACAGCGGUCUGGAGAUGACCAGUGAAAACAGCCCCCUGACUCCAGCAGAGCCACCUUCACCAUUCUGCCCCAAACAGAACGGGGGUGCAGCCUCACCCGCAGAUGAGAGUGUGAACAGCAUCAGAAGAAAGCGGUCACGUAAGCGCUCUGAAACUGAGGAAGACAGUGCCUGGGAUUCCUCCUACAGCGAGGAAAAGGCUGAGGUUGGGUCGGGUUGUGAGACAGGUCUCCGGCAAAGGCCUCGCCCCAGGACUAUUUUCCAGGCAGGACUAACAGCUCACAGUAAACCCUGCAGCAGAGAAAGGGGACACAGCAAAGAGGAUCACAGCGACCUGGUUGCUAGUGUGCCUGAAGGUCCUGCACUGGAGCUCAUGGAGCAGGACUCUAAAGACUCUGCACAGAGCAGCACCACAUCCACCUCCACUACUGACACAGCCAGUCAACCUGAAUACAAGGAUAAUAAAGGUUUUGGUAUCGGAGAGUUGGUCUGGGGCAAGAUAAAGGGCUUCUCGUGGUGGCCAGGGAUGGUGGUGACCUGGAGAGCAACUGGGAAGAGGCAGGCCUCCCACGGCAUGCGCUGGCUUCAGUGGUUUGGUGAUGGGAAAUUCUCAGAGGUGUCUGCUGAUAAACUCGACUCUAUCACAGCCUUCCCGAAAUUUUUCAACCAGUCAUCCUACACCAAGCUGGCCUCCUACCGUAGAGCGAUCUUUCAGGCCCUUGAGGUGGCUAGUUUACGUGCAGAGAAGACUUUUCCUCCAUCUGAGGCAGACGGUCUUGAAGAACAGAUAAAGCCCAUGCUCGACUGGGCUCAUGGUGGCUUUCUGCCCAAGGGUCAGGAGGGCCUGAAACCCAGAGAGAACGCAGCAGAGUAUUGUGUUUUCCCCCUGGCCUCAGAGAGCUCAACGCUGCUGGAAUCCAGCCCUCCAGAGUUUCCCCCUUCUGCCAAAAGGGCUCGACUCACCCUCUGUAAGGCCAAACCUGGCACUGAGGAGGUCUACAGCAGAGAACAAAUGGUCAAUGAAGUUUUGAAGAAUCACAGAAGUAUAGAAGAGUUCUGCCUCUCUUGCGGAAAGACAAGAGUGGCGACCUUCCACCCGUUGUUUGAAGGAGGCCUUUGCCUAACAUGCAAGGAUGCUUAUCUAGAGAACUCCUACAUGUACGAUGAUGAUGGCUACCAGUCGUACUGCACCGUGUGUUGUGGCGGCCGAGAGGUGCUGCUGUGUGGAAACGCCAACUGCUGCAGGUGUUUCUGUGUGGACUGUUUGGAUAUAUUAGUGGGAGCAGGAGCAGCUAACAGUGCCCGUGAUCUGGACCCGUGGCGCUGCUACAUGUGCCAACCUUUGCAGCAAUAUGGCGUCUUAAAGAAACGCCACGACUGGAGCCUCAAACUGCAAGAGUUCUUUGUCAAUGACAGCGGCCAGGAGUUUGAAAGUCCAAAGAUUUACCCUGCAGUCCCAGCAGAGCAGAGACGGCCAAUCAGAGUGCUUUCAUUGUUUGAUGGCAUUGCCACAGGUUAUCUGGUGCUUCGGGACUUGGGCUUCAAGGUUGAUUUGUACAUUGCGUCAGAAGUAUGCGAGGACUCGAUUUCAGUGGGAGCUGUCCGGCAUGAAGGAAAAAUCCAGUAUGUGCAUGAUGUUCGCAACAUCACCAGAAAAAACAUUGCUGAAUGGGGGCCCUUCGAUAUGGUGAUUGGUGGAAGUCCCUGUAACGACCUUUCAAUUGUCAACCCUGCUAGGAAAGGUCUGUACGAGGGGACCGGACGGCUGUUCUUUGAGUUUUACCGCCUCUUGAGUGAAGCAAAACCAAAGGAAGGGGAAGACCGGCCUUUCUUCUGGAUGUUUGAGAAUGUUGUGGCCAUGAGCGUCAAUGACAAGAGAGACAUCUCACGCUUUCUAGAGUGUAAUCCAGUGAUGAUUGACGCCAUAGAGGUGUCGGCUGCUCACAGGGCGCGCUAUUUCUGGGGCAACCUGCCAGGAAUGAAGAGGCCUCUGUGUGCCUCUGGGAUGGAUAAAUUAGAGCUUCAGGACUGUUUGGAACAUGGCCGUGUUGCCAAGUUCGGGAAGGUACGCACCAUCACAACACGCUCCAAUUCCAUCAAACAAGGCAAAGACCAGCAUUUCCCUGUCAUGAUGAAUGGCAAAGAGGAUAUCCUGUGGUGCACAGAGCUCGAGAGGAUUUUUGGCUUUCCUGUCCACUACACAGAUGUGUCCAACAUGGGCCGUGGCGCCAGACAGAAGUUGCUGGGGCGAUCCUGGAGCGUUCCAGUUAUCCGACAUCUGUUCGCCCCACUGAAGGACUACUUUGCUUGUGAAUAGCACAUGUAGUCCGCGUUCAGUUAGUCUAAAGUAAAGCAAACACAAAGUACAAGACCAAAUGUCCUCAAAAAGGAGCUCUUAGCGAUCCACUUAUUUUACAAGACCAUCUCAGCUUUGGAAAAACAAGCAUGAGAAGCUGUGACUGACUUGAGGACGAGGGUAGUGUUGAGCAACAAGCCAAACUCAAGGUAGACACUGUGACGCUUAGAGCGAAAACACAGUUAGCUUUUGUACUAGACAUUUUUAAAAUGGAUGUGCCUGAAAACUCCCAGGGUUCACCUCGACACAUGCUGAUAGUUUUGAUCUUUUAUUAUCAUGAGAAAAACCCCACAUAUAUAUAUUAUUUUAAAUCGAACAAAACAUUUUAGUUUCUUCCAGAGCAAAUCUGGCCAAGCAAUGCUGAAAUGUGUGAUCUUUAAAUUGCUCGUUCAAGCAUGUGACUCAUUUUCACGGUUUCAUCGGGGUGAAAGAAAUACUUGAAAAAUUUAUCAAUGCAAAGUUACAAACAACAAGCUGUGAGCCCUUAAAGAAUGCGUUUUAGAGGAUGCAUUCAAAUAAUCGAUCGCCCCAUUUGUGUUUCAUAAAGCCUCCAUUCCCUCUGUAACGUUGCACAAUAACAGUAUAACCAGAAGGUGUUUUCUUUUAUAUCAUUAGCAGAACUUAAGGGCAUUAGCCUGUUAAACGUUACAGUUCUUUUCUUAAGUAAUUUGUGUCAAGCAAUCGUUCAAGAUAGAGAUCAGUGUACUGUAUUUUAACCUUGAAAGUAAUGUUUACAAACUUUAACACAUUUCAGCAAGUUUUUAAAGCUUUCUUACCAUAUUUUCUUUGUUUUUUAGAUGAUGAGGAACUGCUUUAGAUGUAAAAUGUUAGACGCUGUUGUUUUUAUAUUCACUGUUGCUGCCAACAAUAACAAACGCAUUGUAUUAUUGUAGCACUCUGAUUCUGAUGCCUUAAUGUGUGAUGCCUUUUGAAGAGAACAGAUACAGCCUGCCAUACGGGGGUUGCGAAGAAACGUUCUGCCUUUGUUUGCUGUAAAAAAAAAAGGAAACUGGUU